AUGAGUCAACCACAACAACCCAAGGAGUGGUACGUCUGCAAGUCUCACCGAACCACAAUGUGUCCCUCAUACGCCUCCAACACCGGUGUCGCCUGGACCGGAACCAAUCCCAUCAAUCCCGAUCCCUUUCUCUCUCUUUCUCUUUCUCUCUCUCUCUCUCUCUCUCUCUCUCUCUCUCUCUCUCUCUCUCUCUCUCUCUCUCUCUCUCUCUCGAUGGCGCGACGGUGGCGGCGAAUGGGAACUGCCGUUCCACCGGCGUCGGCCAAUGCUCACCCGGCGCCAGCACCGAGCUCAUGGCUUGGUUCGGUGGUUGACUUUGUGGUGCGACGCCCCGUCACCUCGACGGCGCUGGCCGUGACCGGUGCCUCCGCAGCCGCGCUGUAUUAUUUUCAGGACACGCUGCGCGCACAGGUGCAGGAAUGGCAGCAACGAUCGGGUGUGUAUGUGCUUUAA